AUGAUUCCUCAGACGCAUCCAUUGGAGGGCGACGAGACCCAAAAAUUAUGGCACCGGAACGGGGACGUGCCGCAGAGCAUCGAGUGCGGCAUCCACGAACUAUCCACCGAGCAAGCAGCAGCUCAACUUGGUGCACAGCAGCUGGCAACAGCAGAAGCAGACAUAAAGGUGGCCGAUAUCGACACACUGACGCCCGAAGACGAACAGCAGCUAUGGGAGUGGAACGGCGAGGUGCCGGCGGCAGUCGAGCGCUGCGUCCACGACCUGUUUGCCGAGCAAGCAGUAGCUCGACCUAAUGCGCCGGCCAUCUGCGCUUGGGACGGCGAGCUGACAUACAGCGAACUCGACGCACUAUCAACUAAGCUAGCGGGUCACCUUGUCCAGAUCGGCGUCAAGCCUGAAGACAUGGUGCCGCUGUGCUUCGAGAAGUCGAUGUGGACAGUGGUGGCCAUGCUGGCCGUGCUCAAGGCCGGCGGCGCCUUCGUACCGCUGGACCCUGACCACCCAGCCAGCCGACAUGAAGACAUCUUCAAGCAGAUAGGAGCUAAAGUGGUGCUUGCAUCGGCACAGUGUGCGAUGCUCUGGGCCAGCUCAGAGUGCGCUGUAGUCACAGUCAGCGAAGAAUCCACGAAGCAGUUGCCGACGCUAGUCAACAAUAGCAGUCUUCCAGCUAAACCAACGAAUGCCGCCUAUGUAAUCUUUACUUCGGGAAGUACCGGUAUACCCAAGGGCGUCGUACUAGAACAUCAUGCGGUUGUGACGAGCUGCUUGGACCAUGGACGAGCAUUCGGAAUCACAGACCUCUCGCGUGUCCUGCAGUUCGCGUCGUACACCUUUGACGCUUCCAUUGCUGAGAUUUUUACCACGCUUGUGCACGGUGGCUGCACCUGUGUGCCAUCUGACAGCGAUCGAUGCAGCGAUCUAGCUAAGGCGAUUAGCGUCAUGGACGUCAAUUGGGCACUUCUGACUCCUUCUGUAGCACGAACAUUUGACUCUGAUCUCCUUCCGUCUCUUAGGAUACUAGUUCUAGGGGGAGAGCAAGUCAGCUCUGCAGACUGGGACAGAUGGCCCAGCACUGUUCAGACAAUUAACGCAUAUGGACCUACAGAGUGCUCAGUGUGCUGCAAUACGUACACCGGCAAACAAAGCUUUAAAUCUGGUACUAUUGGAACGUCGGUCGCCUCGGUGAGCUGGGUGGUCGAUCCCGAGAACCACCAUAGGCUCGCACCGCUUGGGUCGGUCGGCGAGCUGCUAGUGGAAGGGCCGAUCCUGGCGCGCGGCUAUCUCAACGACGCCGACAAGACGGCGGCAUCGUUCAUCGACGACCCCGCCUGGCUGCUGGAAGGGUGUGGCAGCCAUGCCGGGCGACGGGGGAGGCUGUACAAGACAGGCGACCUGGUUCGGUACAACGCCGACGGUAACCUGGUCUGCCUGGGCCGCAAGGAUAGCCAGGUCAAGGUGCGCGGGCAGCGAGUGGAGCUGGGCGAGGUGGCGCACCACGUGCGAGAGUGCAUGCCGGCGGCGGAGCAAGUGGCAGUCGAGGUAAUCCUGCCGACAGGAGAAGGGGCUAGCGCAAUGUUAGCGGCUUUCUUACAGCUGGACAGUAAAGAGAGCGAAGCAGUGCAGACGGACGAGGCGGCCAAAGCUGGCUCGAUAGCGCGGGUCAUCUUUCCAGCCAGCGCAGACGCGAAGCUGGCGGAACAGCUGCCGAGCUACAUGGUACCACAAGUGUAUUUUGCAAUCGACGAAUUGCCGACGACGACGUCUGGCAAGACGGACCGGCGGCGGCUGCGGGAGAUCGGCGCGCUGUUCUCGGCGCAGCAGCUGGCGGAGCUGCGGACGGCGAGCGAGGGCGGAGGCGCCAAGCAAGCGCCGUCGACGGAGGCGGAGCGGACGAUGCAGCAACUGUGGGCGCGGGUGCUGAACAUCAAGCCCGGCAGAAUUGGCCUUGACGAUAGCUUCUUCCGCCUGGGUGGCGACUCGAUCACAGCCAUGCAGCUGUCUGUAAGCGCUCGUCGGCUUCACAUCCGCCUCUCUACACGCGACGUCUUUCUGAAGAAGACUAUCCGGCAGCUUGCCCGCAAUGUCGACGCGGAAGAGCCUCUCACUUUGCCGACAGCCACCAGAGACGUUACUGACACACCGUUCAACCUCUCGCCAAUCCAGGAGCUGUAUCUCUCACUCGAAAGCACCGGCAAAGCCUGCUUCGACCAGUACUUCUUCUUGCGCCUCAGCGACCCGACACAGAAAGAGCUGCUGCACUCGGCUUUCUGCACCCUUGUCGACCGGCACUCUAUGUUGAGAGCUCGGUUCUGCAGACCGAACGGCGGCGCGUGGCAACAGUACAUCUCAGACUGUGUCGAUGCGUCUUUUGCUGUGCAGUAUGUCCAGUCCAGUGACCCUGAGGUGAUCACACAGGCAAUUGCCGACUGUCGCAGCUCUUUGGACAUCGAGAAUGGGCCCGUUCUGGCAGCCGUGCUGUGCGACGAGGGCGGCCAGCAGUCUCUGUUCACUGUGGCUCACCACCUGGUGAUUGACCUGGUCUCAUGGCGCGUGCUUCUGGAAGAGCUGGAGGAGUUGUUGUUGAAUCGAGCGCUUCCUCCAGUAUCCUCACUUAGCUUCCCAACCUGGGUCAUGGCCCAAACCGAGUACAUCACGAAGCAUGUGGACCCUGAUAGCGCAUCACACGCUGAGGAACACAAGAAUCAGCUGUCCUACUGGGACGCACAUCCCGAUACUGUCAUAUAUGGCAACACGGUCACUCAGCAGUUUACAUUGGACAGCUGGACGACCUCUGCUCUCCUUGGAGACUGCAACGAGGCGUAUGAAACACGUCCUUUUGAGCUCAUGAUAGCUGCUCUGGCCCACUCUUUCGCUCUCGCCUUUCCCGAUCGAAGUCCGCCCACAAUCUUUACCGAGACCCACGGGCGCGAAGUGUGGGAUGACAGCAUCGACCUGAUGCGAACUGUGGGAUGGUUUACAAGCAUGUAUCCUGUGCAGGCUUCGCGCAGUCGGGAAGACAGCCUGCUCCAUACCAUCUGCCAAACCAAAGACUGCGCUCGCGCGUUCAAGCACAGCGGUUGGCUGUACUUUGCAUCUCAAUUUGCAGACCAGCGCUGUGCUGACACUUUCAAGUCCAUAUACCCUGUAGAGGUGAUGUUCAACUACUCAGGCGUCUACCAGCAGCUCGAACGCAAGGAAUCCCUCUUGAAGCAAGGCGCUGUCCCUGGAGCAUGUGACCCCACAUCGAUGGCAGCAACACCGCGGUUCUCUUUGUUUGAGGUCUCCUGCCACAUCGAGAACGGUUGCGCGCACGUCACUGUUGUGAGCGACAGUACUGUAAGAUACCAGGAUCGCAUCGGAGACUGGGUCCGGCAAUACAAGACCACAUUGUUAGGUAUGCCGUCUCUCCUCCAGGGCCGCAGCCCCGAAUGGACGCUGAGCGACCUUCCGCUCGCCUUCACGUCGUACCAAGACCUCGACUACUUCUGCAACCAUACGCUGCCUGGGCUGCACAUCCGACCAGAAGACGUCGAAGACGUCUAUCCUUGCUCUCCAAUGCAGCAAGGCAUACUCAUCAGUCAGAGCAAAGACGCAAACGCCUAUCGCACCUGCUUGAUGUUUGAAGCUGUAUCUUUGCAAGACACAGACGUUGAUUGCUCUCGAUUACAGCAGGCUUGGAGGGCUGUAGUCAAGCGACACUCGCUGCUACGGACGCUUCUAGUGGACAACGUCCCCGGGAGCUCAGGAACCACCAAUAUUGUGCUGAGGAAUCCAGAGCCGGCCAUCUCGUUCUACCGCGCGGCAGAAAGUACGGCGACGAUUGAGUUGUUCCGCGCGCGCCACAUUCCUGGCCCUCAACAGGCAAGCGAGCUGCAGCACCACCUCUCCAUCUGCCAGCUCGAGAACGGUCGGGUGUACCUCUGCCUUGACAUCAACCAUGCUAUCUUUGACGGUCAUGCGAAGGGAGUGCUUUUGCGCGAUCUGCAGUCAGCCUACAGCGCUGAUCUUGGCCCGCACGGCGCCUCGUUCCGAGAUGUUGUGUCUUAUCUAGUGCAGCAGCCGCAGGAGAGCGCAUUCCAGUACUGGGUCGGGUACUUACGUGGCAUCGAGCCGUGUUACUUCCCCUCAAUGGCAGACGGGGAGGGCGGAACUUGCAGAGACGGGCAUGUGCAGGUACAAGGGCUCGAUAUGAACGACAUCCACGCGUUCUGCCAACAGUGGGAGCUCACGCCCGCUACCAUCAUACAGACUGCGUGGGCCUUGGUGCUUGCUGCUUACACAGGAUCUAAAGCUCCGUGCUUUGGCACUCUCUCAUCAGGACGCGAUCUGCCGAUCGAGAAAGUCCAAGAGAUCGUCUGUCCAAUGAUCAACAUGCUCGUCUGUCGGCUAGCGAUCAGCGAACAGCAGACUGUGCUAAGUGCACUGAGGUCUGUACAGGAGGACUACUCGAACAGCCUUCCACACCAAACGUUCCCCCUCGCAAAUGUGCAUAGUGCUCUGCAGCUGGGGACCUCCCCCCUGUUCAACACUGCCUUGUCUCUCCAACGGGCUGUUGCUGUGCAGGAAGAUGGAGCAGGCAGCAUUAUCUUCCAUGAACAAGAGGGUCUGGACCCGACAGAGUACGAUAUCGUUAUCGGCGCUGCCUAUGAUAGGCAAGCAGCGCGUGUAGCUGGGGUCUUUGGGAAAGCAAUCAAAGAGUUAAUCACUAGACCAGAUUCACGCAUAUCCGACUUGACAUUAUUGGCGGAUCAAGAUGUUAGUCAACUAUGGGAGUGGAACGGCGAGGUGCCGGCGGCAGUCGAGCGCUGCGUCCACGACCUGUUUGCCGAGCAAGCA